AUGCUAACAACUCGCAAAGUCCCCCAACGGCACCAGCAGCUUGCUUGCCACCUUCGAAUUGAUGAAGCAACAAGCUCCCCUUCUAUGGGGCUGAAACGCACGAAUAAAUGGGAGGCCAAGAUGUUGCAGACACAAACACCUGACAUGCUGCCGGAUAUUGGCGGUGGCGUGCACGGAGUCAUCUCUCGCCUCGCUGUUGAGAUCGGAUCCCAUCAUCUAUCUCCAUGGACGCCUCACCCAUGGUUCUUAUCAGUUCCCCAGCUUGCGCUUCCGUCAGAUGUUUACUCCAAAUUACUGCUACCGCUCCAGGCCAUAACAGUGGCUUUCAGGGCUCUUUCUGAGCGUGAUUCGAAGUUGAGAGCAGAAGCGUAUCAAUACUACUCCCGAGGCUUGGAGCGUCACCGGGCUCAGCUUCACCAGUUCGCCAUAACGCAGAGGCGCCAGCUUCUUGCUUCCAUUCUUAACGACCUCCUUAUGUCAAUGGCGCUUCUGGAGUUUGAGAUGAUGGCUCCUCUUGCUAUCGAUUCCUGGUUCCCACACGCUUAUGGAGCGUUGAGCCUUUUGGAACAUGUUACGCCCGCGGGCUGCCAGGAGUCGCCUUUCUUCGAAAUCUUCUGGCAGUUGCGCUUCUUCAUGUCCUACGUGACACUGUCUACCCGCAAAAUGACGUUCCUUGGGUCGCGAUCCUGGAGGGAGAUACCCUUUCAACGCCGCGGCAAAACCGAAUUUGACUGUGUCAUUGACGGUCUACUCCUCCAUGAUGACCAACAUAAAACAGAAGAUUUGUCGGACACUGGGCCUAUCAGAAGGCAAACACUCGAUGAGAGUUCACGCCAAGGACAAGAGGGAUACAAGUCCCCCCGUCAGAACCAACUCGCCGAUCAGACGCGCAUGAUUCGACUGCUCAGGAGCGUGGGAGAGCUCGCAUCGGCUUGCACUGUCGAUGAUGAUCCUAAAAGACAGGAAAGUCUAUCAAUGGCCAUCCUUUCAGAGUCCAAACAAUUGAUGGACCAACCGUUCCUGCCGUUCAACGUUGGGCUGCAAGUGACGGCCGUAGCAAAUCUGGUGUCUCGAUAUGCGUUGAAUCCUGUGCAGCAACAAGAGGCAGCAACGCUGUCUCUACAGGUGAUACUUGCUUCGAAGCCACUGCUAAGGAUCAAGAUGAAAGUCUUCGGCAUCAAGAUACCUAGGUACUUUCCGCUUUGUAAAGAACAGCUUAAGAAGGCACGAGCUUCAAUACAGCUCAACAUCAAAUCGAGUCUGCUCAAGGGCAGCUAUCCAUGA